AUGAAAUAUCUCAAUUUGCUAAUGACUUUAAAAACAUACACGUUGUGUUUUCUUCCUUUUAUCACGUUGCUAAAUGAAUACUGCCAUCUUUUUGGAACAGCUACAAACAAAAUCAGAAGAAAAAAAGGUCAAGCCGUUUUCCUUUGUCACGCCAGAAGCACACUGGAGGCUGCAGUAGCAGAAAUAAUUAAUGAGAUUCGCUCCUGUGACCUCAGCAAAUGGACAGGAAAUAAGUCCGUAUUGAUUGGACCGAGCCAGGGAUGGCGCCAGGGCGGUGGCCUGUGGUUUUCCUUCCAGAGGACAGAGCACGCUGGGCGCUUCAGGUGUCAGGGGACACGCUGA